AUGGAGUAUUUUGAUUUCGAAGGCGCCUCAUCUGCCCAUGGCUCCAAUCAACUAGAGGAUGAUGCCUCUUCGAUUGAUAUUGAACUUGACGAAGCCGAAGAACAGGCAGCAAACUUCGACUCGCUGGUUCAUGAUCAAACAAUGGAGUUUUCCAAUGAUCCGGUACCGGAGCAGUCCGAAUUCAAUAUCGGACAAGCCAUUGACCCCGUCGACCCCGACGGGGUUUACCCCAUGUUCCGGGCCCAAGACCCGUGCGACUUUUGCCGGCGAAUGGGACUGGAUUGUUUCGUCGCAAAACGUGGUACAUUAAACUAUGGCUGUACUUGCUGUAUCUCUCUUUAUCGUGAAUGCAGUUUCACUCAUGCCAAAACGCCUGGCAAGUUCCUCCAGACAUUACAUAGCGUGUCAGAGAAUGCCCACGUUCCUAUUGGCAGCCUGACAGGAAAGAAAGCCCUCAAAUCAGUUUCAUACAACACAUAUCCCAAUGACCCAGAUUCACGCUCUCAAAAAAGCGGUGCUCGAUUCUCGCGCAAGGCAACUAGUAUUCUAAAGGGCUGGCUGAGAGAGCACAACGACAACCCGUACCCUACCGAACAAGAGAAAAAUGACCUGAAACAACACACUGGCCUAACCCGAACUCAAAUUGUCAAUUGGCUCGCCAAUGCCAGGCGACGCGGCAAAGUUCGUUCGUCACCUGGAAGCAGUUCUCCUGUCCCAGGGGCUGUGGACAUUCCCGGGAAGCAAUCCGUCAACGUAUCCCUCAUGACGCCCCUUGAGCGUUGGAAGUACUCUCCCCCUGAAAACGAACCCGCUACCAUCAGCGAUAUUAACCGUGCCCUGGCCAAUCCUCCAUUCGAUCCCUCGCGUCUACGUCGGGCCCCAUCAAGUCACGUGAGGACCCGUCGCCCUGGGUCAAGCAACAAUGAGUCAAGCCAUGCCAGCUCUGAACAUAAACUGUGCACCGCCUCUGCCAGUAGUUUAGAUUCAUCUAUCUCAGACUUAUCUUUUGCUUCUGCCUUCUCUCAUCGCUCCUCUAUUUCCUUUGGCUCAAUGGACCGCAAAGAACGUCGCCGUCGGCGCAAGGCCUCGGUACCUGUCAACACACUGGCUCAUUCAAAGGCCAAAUCUGCUCGUCCUUAUCAAUGUACCUUCUGCACCGACUCUUUCCCUGCGAAGUAUGACUGGCAGCGGCACGAGAAGUCCAUACAUCUAGUCUUAGAUAAAUGGACUUGCUCACCUCACGGUGGUUCAAUUGAACAAAACGGUAUACCUCUUUGUGUCUUCUGCUUGGCAGCUAAUCCAGACGAUGAACACCUAGAAACUCAUAACUUCAUCAGUUGCCAAGAGAAGACAGUGCAAGAGAGGACAUUUUACCGGAAGGAUCAUCUCAAUCAACACCUCCGCUUGAUGCACAACGCCAAGUUCCAACCCUGCAUGGAGAAAUGGCAAAGCAGUAAUACAGAUAUCAAAUCCCGCUGUGGGUUCUGUGGCUCUAUUUUCCAAACAUGGAAAGAUCGAGUGGACCAUUUGGCGAGUCAUUUCAAAAAUGGAGCAGCCAUGGCUCAAUGGCAAGGGGAUUGGGGCUUUGACCCGCAGAUUCAAGCUCGUGUUGAAAAUGCCAUUCCGCCAUACAUGAUAGACUAUGAAUGGCGGUCCCCUGAUCCAUGGGCCACUGAGCAAACCAAGGGAGAAGGUACCAACCUUCGUCUACCUGUCCCUACCGAUAUCAAUUGUUACCAUCGGCUUUCUCUUGAACUCACUACAUACAUCCAUAAACAAAAGGCACUUGGCAUUGUUCCGUCAGAUCAGAUGAUACAAGCCGAAGCUCGCCGUGUCAUCUAUGGAUGUGACGAUCCUUGGAACCAGACCUGCGCAGAUAAUAUUGUUUGGCUGGGGGUCCUCAAGCGUGACUGUGGACUACAAACUCCUGUGCACAACGAUAGCAUCCAAUUUGCCGAUCUGGGCAUGCAGCCUCCAUUCGCUAUCAAUGGUGGCCUUAGAGCUGCGCCCCGAGAGCUUAAUGUGCUGGCGCGAACAGUAUGCCACGGCGCCCCGAUCCAUAGCCCUGCAGUCUCUAGCCCCAGUCUUCGCAGCCACGGCUUUCCUGGCACUGGCUUUUCUUCUGUUGGACCCAGCCGGCCGGGGAGUCUAUCAGGCAGUUACGCCGGUAGUGCAGGGAUGAUGUCAGCUGGUGCAGAUCAAUCCUACUCUACAGAUUGGGCGAGUAGUCUUCCGACCACUGCAUCAGUGCCAGGAGAAGGGACCGCUGACCCUCUGGUACAAAUGGGAUUUGACCCUGAAUUCCUACAACGACUGAAUGACAGCUACGGGGAAAUCAACCCCGAUGAUUUGGAAGGCUUGCGUCUAGAUGGUACCGAUGGUCAAAAAAGCCCAGAAGUACAAGGAUGGCCGAACAGAGGUGUACUUGGUCAGCCCAUGCCCCCUCCUCUCGUGAGUGAAGUGCCUGCGUCAGAUCCGGUGGCUAUCUUCAAUUCCAAAUCAGGCCAUCCUCCUGCGUCGGAUGCUACCCAUGAUGACAUGUCGGGGUACUUUGGAAAUGGCAACUUCUAA